CACUCACUCAUCAUCACUCCUAAGUCCUAACCGCAGCCAGAGAAGGAAAAUGAAGUCGUUAGCUUCCCCUCCGUGUCUCCGCCUAACUCCGACGACACGUCAUCACCUCCCUUCGCGUCAAUCUUCUUCCGCCUGUUACCCUCACGUUGUCUCUUCUGUAAUCAAAUCCAGUAGUACCCUAUCAUUCGCCUCAUCCGCAUCCGGUUUCGCGUCACCACUCUCCGUAGAGAAGGAGCUACGCUUACAGACGGCUGCUGUCCGCCACGUCACUGGGUCGCUAAUCAGAGGAGAAGGUCUUAGAUUCGCUAUUGUUGUUGCUCGUUUCAAUGAGGUUGUGACGAAGUUGCUUUUGGAAGGAGCUAUUGAGACUUUCAACAAGUACUCUGUUAGAGAAGAAGACAUCGAGGUUAUUUGGGUUCCUGGUAGCUUUGAGAUAGGUGUUGUUGCACAGAACCUUGGGAACUCAGGAAAGUUUCAUGCCGUUUUAUGUAUCGGUGCUGUGAUAAGAGGAGAUACUACUCAUUAUGAUGCUGUUGCCAACUCUGCUGCAUCUGGAGUACUUUCUGCUGCCAUUAAUUCAGGUGUUCCAUGCAUAUUUGGUGUACUGACAUGCGAGGACAUGGAUCAGGCUCUGAAUCGAUCUGGUGGCAAAGCCGGAAACAAGGGAGCUGAAACUGCUUUGACGGCGCUCGAGAUGGCGUCUUUGUUUGAGCACCACCUGAAAUAGCUCCUCGUUCCAUGGGAGGUGCAAUGAUCAUCACGUAUGAGAGAACUUGUUGGCUACAAUCCAAUCUUCCGAAACUGUACCUGAAAAGAUUGUCAAAAGUUGUUUUCUUUGUGAAAAAAUAUUUAAACGCUUUUUGUAAGCUUCAUGUCUUGUUUUUGAAUCGUGUGUACUAAUAAUAAUUCCUCUGGAUUUUAGGGGACGAGCACCAAUCGAAAAUAUGAUUCUCAUUGCCAUAA